UAAAAGUCUCAAUGCGACAGAAGUUCGAAGACAUUCAAACGUGCGGAACGUGUAUUGCGUCGAAGGUGGAAAAGCGGAAACGGAAAACAAAUUUUUAAAAAUAACUGUGUAAAUAAAUAGAGAAGGCGAAAAUAGCAACAAAUUGUUGUGAGUGUGUAAAUAAUUGCAUAAAUUGUAGUGUCUAAGUGUCCCCUCGGCUAAGUGUGUUAAAAGCGUAGCAAACAACUUGUAAAACAACAAAAACAAAUUUGUGUGUGUUUGGCUAACGUGUGAAUUGACAAAGAAUGCUGGAUGCCUAGAAUCAUCAAGUGUCAGUGCGACAAAGGAAAAUAAGUGUUUUUUGUGUUUCUUCUGUUUACAACGAUUUACACACAUAACCUACGUUACUGUAUCGUCGUCAUACGUAAGAACGCGGGGGGUAGUGUGAAAGUGUCAUCUAAAUUAAAGCCUACUGGAUGCAUGGUGUCACAGUGAGCGAUUUGCGGCAGAGAAUCAAUUUGAAGAUUUAAUUAAUAGUUGGUUGUUAACCAAAAAAACAAUAACAACAAAUAGAAAAAAUAUAUAUAUUUAUAGUGCUGUGUAUAUGUAUUCAUAUGAAUACUGAGAUUAUUUGAUUAAAGAAAAAUAUUAUAUAUAAAAAUAAUCUUAAAUUGUUUAAAAAAUAUUUUGAGUAUGUUUUAAUGCAGAAAAAACUAAAUAAAACUAUGAAAAUUUAAUAACUGAUUCUUCAAAAUAUUAAAUGAAAUGGUCAUCAGGCUGGAUAUAUGCAUCAGAACUCCAUGGGUCAGGUCCACAACAAAAUGAAUAGCGCCAAAAGUAAAAUGAAUAGUGUCUAAAAAUGUGUUCGAAACUCUUCUCCAAGCAGUGUAUGACCAUCUUGUGGCUUUCAAUAUUAACGACCGCUACUUUGCAACUAGAAACAUCCACAACAGCAACAACAACAGCAGGUGCAGAUGUCGCUGGCGCUCCUGCUAAGCGUUUGACGCGUUCUGGCAGAAUAACAGGUGUUACCACAAAUGUAACCUUACACGAAAGAGGCGAUAUUGUGCAAUUCUUAAUUAGCUGGGAUGACAAUUUGCCAAAAGAUACCUCAUAUAAUGUAAUUGUGACGGCAACAAAUGCCACAAAAUGCAGUGAGCCGCCUUGUAGUGUCUAUGGCAUUGUUAAGGAAACUAAAAGCCUAAUUAUACCGGAGAAUCCAAUGACUCAUGUGGAUCAAAACGAAUGUGGCUUCAUGUUCGGCUGUGAUUAUUCAGUAUUAGUGGAAACAUCGAAUACGAUGAUAUCCGAAAGGGCGGCAGUCUCCGUGCCAUAUUGCAUAAUGGGCGUGUGCUCCUGCCAACAUGCCGAAACACUACCAAAGGUCAUAACAUCCGUGGAUAUACCCAAUAAUGAGACGAUUAUAUUCAAUUGGUCGAUUAGGUAUGAAAAGGUUAUGAAUAAGGAUAAUCACGGUGUUACAGAUACAAAUAGUCACUGGAAAUUAUAUUUGAGCAUCAGCGAACAAACGAAUCCAUCAUUGUCGUGGGGUGGUCGCCUAUUACCCAUCACAGAGCACUUGUAUCCGAUAAAAAAUGUUACACAGCUUAAUACCAUAGGCACAUUGCAGGGCGCCUUUAAAAUACAUAUACCACAACAAAAGCAAUUAAUGGCCAAUACUGUGCUCAAAAUUCGCUCAUAUAUAGUAGAUGAUUUGCACUGCGGUGGUCCAGAGCAUUUCUCAAAUAUUACAGUUCCUGAUUUCUUCAAAGCAGAAGAAAACGUUGAAGUGGCUGACUUUGAUUUGGGCAUUGCCUUAAUUAUUCUCAGUGCGCUUUUCCUCACCAUCAUCGUUUUGGCACUGACAUUUUGUUGCUGGAAACGCAAUAAGAUUGCCAAAUUCCAUGAUGGCGUUCUACAAAAGGACGAACAUUGUAUGUCGCCAUUUUCCACUAUGGUCGAAAUGGAGGACAAUAUUAACUAUGUCGAUAAGUAUGUUGAGGAGGCACAAGCUAAAGGCUUGGCGGAUGUAUUCGAAAUACCACAUAAAGCCGUACAUAUUGGUCCCGAAAUCGGCGAAGGCGCCUUCGGACGUGUCUACAAAGCUGUCGCUGUCAAUAUACGACGAAUGCGCGGCAGCACAGUUGUUGCUGUAAAGCAAUUGAAAAAAAAUCCAACUUCCGAUGAAGUGGGAGAAUUUCUGAGUGAAAUCGAAAUGCUGAAGGGGGUGGGCACACACAACAACAUCGUGUGCUUCUUCGGCUGCUGCACCAUACGACCGCCAUAUCUGAUGAUCAUGGAGUUCGUGGGUCGUGGCGAUUUGCUAACUUACCUGCGUACCGUGCGUCAGGGUUCGUCUAAAUUCAAACCCAACGGCUCGGUCACGUACGCGAAUCGCGAGCAAGCCGAACAGCCAAAGCCGAAGGUCAAAUAUAUUGAAUUAAAAUUAUCCACGCAAUCGGUGGAUAGUGAAUGUGAGACUGAACGUCAGCCGAAGACAUCCGUUGCGGAGACGACCUAUACAAUCGUCGAAGACGAGGACUGCAAUGAACCGUUCGAGUAUAUUUUGGAUCACAAAGAAUUGCAUAAUUUUGCGCUACAAAUUGCAAAUGGCAUGCGUUUUCUUGAAGAGCAGGAGAUUACUCACAGAGAUUUGGCUGCGCGUAAUGUACUCAUAGACGAUCGUAAGACGUUGAAAAUAUCUGAUUUCGGUCUCUCCCGCCAUGGUAUUUAUACAAAUACAAAAACUCGAAAGCUACCACUACGUUGGCUCUCUAUUGAAGCGAUACGUGACAAUAUCUAUUCGAACAAAAGCGAUGUCUGGGCAUACGGUGUCGUAUUGUGGGAGAUCGGCACACUGGGCGCCUCACCUUAUCCAACCAUCAGCAAUCAUGAACUCAUACCAUUUUUGCUGUCCGGCAAAAGACUGGAGAAACCUGAAAUUUGCACAGAUCAGGUUUACGCUAUAAUGAUGCAAUGUUGGGAUGAGAGUGCCGACAGUCGUCCCACUUUCGAAGAACUCUACAAGGCGUUAAGCCCCAGUGCGGCAUAUGUUGAUAUUAACAGUCUGAGUGAUGAUUAUGUCUUUCCACCGAUUUAGUUAGUAGAUUUAUGAAUAAGCAAAUGUUAGCAAGCAGGCAACACAAAUAGUUGUAAAAUAGUUUAAGUUAAUAUAAAAUGUAAUUGUAUACUUAUUUAUAAUAAUAUAUGUAUGUGUUAGCGCGUCUGCUUAUGUUUGUAUAUGCUUAUAGAUAUUAACGGUACGAUUAAAAUGUCUAUUUGUAAGUUCAAGUGCUUUUAUAAAGUGUUUAUUAUAUGAUUGUAAUAAAUAAUAGAUAAGUUGGUUUUACAAUUUGAAGCUGUGUAGAUUAAAGAGAAACAAACAUACGCUUCGGCGAGAGACACUCAAGGAGUGAUUGAGGGCAGAAUAUAUACCUAUAUAGACAUGCUUGUCUUUUUAAGAUAUUUAAAAUAAAAUAAAUUCCAUAGAUACAAAUUAGAAUACAUUUCAAAAGGCAUAAUAUAUAUUUAUAUAUAUUUAAGUAUAAAUAUAAAUUGAUAUUAAAUCCUUUUCUUAACGCUACUACAGUACAGUAUUCAGCCAGAACAGCAACAGAAAUCAAAACAGAAUAAUUCAGUAAUAAAUUAAAUAAGUUCAUACAUCAAAACUAUACAUUUUAUAUACAUUAUCCAUAUUAUAAAGUUCAGUAAUUACUCAUCCGAUUCAUUGCUGGGAUCGUAGUUAAUUUCGCUUUCCAUUUCAUUUUCAUAAACUAUUUGAUCUUUUGUCUGGUAGUAGACUUCAGUGUUGGCAUUUCUUUCAGCCAAAGCAAUUUCUUCGUUACCCACUAGCUGUGAGAUUUGCAAUUUUAUUUUCGCAAUCGACAAGGGAGGGAAUGUGCGCAUUGUACUGGAUAUAGAUUCGAAAAAGAUUUGUAAA